AGAGGACGUCAGGGAGUAGCGUGCGCUGGUGACGUGUUAAACGGGUCAUGUGUGUGGUGUGUAGUUUUUCUGUUGGUUAGUGACACUUCAAAAGAAAUCAUCACUUUUACUGCGCAGCUGAUGACGUCAUAUGGAGAGUGGAGCGGAUCAGGUGCUGAGGUGGCAGUUUGUAAAAUCAUCUAACAAGAAACACAAACAUGGACAAACGGAAGGUGCCAGACCUGUACAGAGCCCCCUUUCCCUUGUACUCCGUUAAAGUGGAUCCCAGAACAGGUUGGGUGAUAACUGCUGGAGGAGGCGGAGCUUCUAGGACGGGAAUAAAGAAUGCUGUGCAUUUCCUGGAUUUUCAUUUGGUUGGAGAGAGCCAGUAUGGUGCCAGCCUUCUCCACUCUCACGACACGGGCACUCGUGCUACCAUGAACAUGGCUUUGGGAGAUGGUCUCAUUGCAGCGGGGCAGGACGGGAUCUGCUGUUUGAUGCAGUACAAACAUUGUCAACAGAAAGGAGGAGAAAAGCCUGCUGCCAGUGACGCUGGGCACAGCACACAGGGAAGUGCCAGGCGCCGAGCUUUGAAAGGAGACAUGGCUGCAGCCUCUGGAGACGGUGCUUGCAUGAGGGAUGAGACUGUUCAGGUUUCCGUGACGACCAUGAGUGAAGUUGAGUCUGAUCAAAACCCUCAGGACCCGCUCCAGAAGGUUGUCAGAUUCAGCAGCGACCUGAGCCUUCUGUUAACUGGAGGGACAGACGGACAUGUUCGCAUCUGGGAGCUUCCGUCCCUGAAGAAGACUACCGACUUCAAGGCACACAAAGGGGAGAUUGAAGACUUGGAUUUAAGUCCGGGAAAAAAGCACCUGGUGACCGUUGGCCGGGACAUGGUGUGCAACGUGUGGAGUGGUAACCAACUAGCUAUGAAUCUUCGGUGGCAAGAAAGCAUGCCUCACAUCGCUGAGAAGACUUACCGUUAUAUGGCGUGCAGGUUUGGUAAAGUUGAAGACCAAAAAGAUGCUUUGAGGCUUUACACAGUACAGAUUCCAAAUAAGCGAGAGCGAAAAGCACCUCCUUGCUACCUCACUAAGUGGGACGGUAAAAGCUUCCUGCCCAUGCUGACAGCACCCUGCGGCACUGAGGUUAUCUCCACCCUGGCACUGAGUGACUGUGGAACGUUUAUUGGACUUGGAACUGUGACCGGCUCUGUUUCUAUCGUCAUUGCAUUCUCCCUGCAGAAGCUGUAUUAUGUGCACGAGUCCCAUGGUAUUGUUGUGACUGAUCUGGCCUUCCUGCCUGAUGGACUGAAGGGAAAUAAUGAAACGGCCAUGCUAAGUGUUGCUGUGGACAGCCGCUGUCAGGUUCAUGCUGUGCACAAACGACGAUCCUGUCCCAUCUGGCUGCUGAUGUUGUUCUGUGGCCUCAUGGUGGUAGCAGCAGUCCUCUUGUUGAAGCACCUGUUUCCAGGAUUUCUUUAAAUCUUUGUAAUGUUGAAAGACUUUAUCAUCUUAUUACCAAUCUCAAUGGCUCAUCGUUUCCAUCCAGAUGUCUCAGUUCUGCUGACAUUCUGUCCUCAGGGUGAGCAGAACCAGGCUAACAGCUACUUGCAGCUAUGCACAGACACUUUGGUUGUGUGUGAUCAACGGGAUUGUGCAUGUGCUCAGAAUAAAAAUAAAAAUCUCACCAUUGUUAAAUAAAUUCACUGAAUGGACUCAGUCUGAAA